UGUGUCCUUUUAUAACUGAUUCACUGUAACAACUUCAACCGUCCCAAAAGAGAAACAAAGAAUCUCCGAUUCUUGAUAGACAGAAAAAAAAGGCAGUCCAAGAAAUGCGGACCAUACCGUUGGGAAUCUCAGUGUCCCCAACCUCCAUUAACACCACUCUCAACCUUAAACGACCAAACAACUUCCCUCUUUCCACUUCCACAUCUAGGGUUUCUGCAUCCUCCACUAACAAUUUCUCUCUCCUCUCCUUCUCCAAAUCUGGAGUCUGCAGAGCCAGUCAAGUGGCUGAUCUAUUUCCAACUGUGUCUCCUGAAAUUGUUGUUCGGGAGGCGAGGUUAGAGGACUGUUGGGAGGUUGCCGAGACUCAUUGCAGCUCUUUCUUCCCCGAAUAUGCUUUCCCUUUGGAUUUUGUUCUUAGGGUUGACCGGCUGGUGGGAAUGCUAGCCGGGUUUUCUUUGCCAAGUGGUUGCAAAAGGACUUGUCUGGUAGCGGUCAUUGGAAACCCUGCUGAUGAAACUUUCCUCUUCGGAAGUGAAGAUUUCAAGAUUGCCGGUCUUGAUGGGAAGAUCAGUCUCAGUAAGAGGUAUGUGGCUGGAAUAUUGACAGUGGAUACUGUAGCUGAUUUUCUUCCUAGAAAAGGUCCUCUUCGGCAGAGAAGGACUGGUAUUGCAUAUGUAUCAAACGUUGCUGUUCGGGAGAAAUUUCGACGUAGAGGAAUUGGUAAAAGGCUAAUAGCGAAAGCAGAAGCUCAAGCGAGGAGCUGGGAUUGUCGUGCCAUCGCAUUGCAUUGUGAUUUGAACAAUCCGGGAGCCAUAAAGCUGUACAAAGGUCAGGGUUUCAGAUCUAUUAAGGUGCCUGAAGGAGCAACUUGGCCUCAGCCCAAGACCGCGCCCGAUGUUAGAUUCAACUUCAUGAUGAAGCUUCUGAACAACACUACUGCAUCUUAGACUAGGAACAUGUGAAGAACUUACAAGGAAGAAAGGAUUAAAGACAUGAAAAGUAGGAUUGCUUUAAAAUAGGCUGUAUAUAAGAAACGGAGCAUUGCAUAAAAGUGCUUGUGAUGUAUCUGUGUUGAUAACUCUUCACUGUAUUUUUAUAUUUUUGGAUAAAUCUACAUUAGUAAAGCCCUA